AUGUUCCGCCUCGCCGUCGCCAGAUCCGCCAGAUGCCUCGCCCAGGCCGCUCCUAGAGUCCAGGCUCCCAUCACCCGCCGCGUCGCUCCCUCAUCCUUCUUGCCUUCGAUCACUGCCGCUCCUUCGACCUUUGUUUCGGCCGUCAGAUGCUACUCGGCACACGCUGGUCUCUCAAAAGAUGAGGUUCAGGGCCGUAUCCUCGACCUCCUGAAGAACUUCGACAAGGUGCGCAACUGCUUGGAGUCCUUUGCCGCAUCUCGUACUAACUCGCAUACUAGGUCUCGGACGCCUCCAAGGUACUAUCAAUUCAUCGCAAUACCAACUUCUGGACACCAUACUUACACUUUGUCACAGCUCUCGGCCCAGUCACACUUCACCAACGACCUCGGUCUUGACUCUCUGGACACCGUCGAGGUCGUCAUGGCAAUUGAGGAGGUCGGUCACACGCGCUGCACAACACAACUAGCCCACACGCUCACACCAAUUGCANNGGAAUUCAGCAUUGAGAUCCCCGACAAGGAGGCCGACGCCAUCCACAGCGGUAUGCUGCGCCCACACUCCUACAGCUACCCAAACCAAUGCUGA